GAGAGAGAGAGAGAGAGAAUAAAUGAACACGAGUGGGGGGGGUUCUCCCAGCAUCGGUAUGCCUGCCUACCUCAUUUCCACUCCAGACAUAGUUGCUGCUCCUCUGGAUAGAAAUAACAGCUGAGGUGUGUUUGUAUGUGUGUGUGUCUGUGCGUGCAUGUUUUAAACAUCAGUACCCUGUGCACUGCCUUCAUCCUCCCAGCUCACAACAGUCUGCGGGGAUCUUACAGCGAAGGUCCGGACAGAAACUGAGACAAGAGCAAGCAGACAUGGAACAGUGGUGAAAAGGGGGUAAAGGAGCAGCACGAAAGAAGAGGAAAAGAAGAAGAAUCGGGAAAGACAAGCGGGACAGAGGUGGAGUUCCACGACGAAUUAAAAGGAGAGAUUAUCCUGAAUUUCUCCUUCCCUCAAUUUAUGUUCGCAACGCAUUACACAGUAAUGCCCUCUCAUUGGAAGCUGUGUUUGUGACUCUGGACGACGGACAGAUAAAACGGCAGCUUCAGUCUGCGCUUUCUACAGCUGUAGCAGAUGUGGAAGACAUCUCUGACUUUAUAGGGAGGGGAAGCAUUUCAAGAGCAUCGGACGAGAAUUCCUUGAACAAAGUCUUUUUUUUUCUUCUGUUUUUGCCUUUUUGUGCCUUCACCUUGGACGUUUGCUUCACUGGAAAAAGGGAGACAUUUUUUUUUGUGAUAAUUUCAUUGUGCCUGGUGGUUUUAAAUCUUCCUCAUCCUUCCCCUUGCUUUGCAUCCCUCCUGCAUUUGAAAUGGCAGAUGGCAGCACUCUCCUUGUGGAACCGCAACAUGGAGCCUUUAUUUUGAACUGAAACCACAAAGAUACUUUCAGAAAAAGCUCCUCAGAUAAGGAUCACUGCCCAAGAUGACGAAUUUUUCCCUGGAUCCACUGAACCUGAGCUCCGCUGACCCAUCAAACGCAUCUGCUCCCUUCUGCCUGCUGGAGAUAGGCUAUUCCCAGAUUUUCACCACCUGCCUCCUUGAAGUGUCUAUCAUACUUCUCCUCACUGUUCUCAUUAUUUCUGGCAAUCUGGUGGUGAUUUUUGUGUUUCACUGUGCCCCCUUGCUGAGCCAGCACACCACCAGUGCUUUCAUCCAGACUAUGGCGUAUGCUGAUCUGCUGGUGGGGGUCAGCUGCCUGUUCCCCUCCCUGUCCCUCCUCCAUCACCUGCAGGGCCUCGACCCCAAACUCACCUGCCAGGUGUUCGGGUACAUGGUGUCUGUUUUGAAGUCCGUUUCAAUGGUGUCGUUGGCGUGUGUCAGUGUGGACCGCUACAUCGCCAUCACACGACCUCUGACUUACGCGUCGCUAGUAACACCUUGUCGAGUGCGCUGCUGCAUCAUUCUGAUAUGGCUUUAUUCUGCUCUGGUGUUUCUCCCAUCUUUUCUUGGGUGGGGUAAACCUGGUUACCAUGGCGAUGUGGUGGAGUGGUGCGCAGUUGAGUGGAGGACUAGUCCGGCUUUUACAAGCUUUAUCGUUGCACUGCUCUAUGCCCCAGCAGCUCUCACUGUCUGCUUCACCUAUGCCAAUAUCUUCAAGAUCUGCCGACAGCACACCCGGGAGAUCAGCGAGCGCCACGCGCGUUACCGACCCCAACAGCUGCAGGGCCCAGGAUUGACUGUGGGAUCUGUGGUCAAGGACAACAGCGCAGCAGAACAUGGGCAGUUCCCCCAACCACAGAACCUCCAACACCACCAACCGCAGUAUCAGGAGCCCACAUCAACAUACUCAGACAAGCGAUACGCUAUGGUACUGUUCCGCAUUACAAGUGUGUUUUAUAUCCUGUGGUUGCCCUACAUUCUUUACUUUCUGUUGGAGAGUGGAGGGAUCUACCACCACCCUGCAGCAUCGUUCCUCACCACAUGGCUGGCCAUCAGCAACAGCUUCUGUAACUGUCUCAUCUACAGCCUCUCCAACUCUGCCUUCAGGAAAGGCCUCAAACGCCUCUGCUCCUUCUGUUUACAGCGCAGGAGCAAUGGCUUUGGGGUUAGCAACACCAAAAAGACUUUCGUCGGCUCCGUGGAAAAGGGAUGUGCGGGGCCAGGGUAUGGAUACGGCCAUGGCGAAAUCCGAAUCGGCACAACAUGUCAUGUGUAGAGCACACACAGAGUAAAUCCUUGUGCCAAAUAGGCAGUUGAACUUUUUGAAAAGAUGCCUGAUGUCUGUGUCGUCGAAUGUCUCCUCUGCUGAGCUGAAAUAUGCAGAUAAAGAGACGGAAGGAGGCGUCAAUCUGCCACUGCUGCUUCUGUGGCGUUUGGAGGUUACACAGGCAUCCUCUCUGCACAAGCCACAGUUGGCAAAUGCAGAGAAAGGGGGUGAAGAGCAGAGCACUGACUUACAGAAAGACCCAAAUACCCUUGCAGAGUGUUUGAAAUCUGUCACACCAUGCUGUGUAUACGGACAGGGGUGAUUGAUGGAUAGGAUGAGAAAAAGGUGUCUGUAAAAUGUCUGGAACUCUUUUGUGGUUAAACAACAUUUUUAUUAGUUUUUAUUUAUGGAAAGUGAAUUCUUAAUUUAUUUUGCCGAAACUGUUCCAAAAAGCUGUCUGUGCUGUGUGAGAAACAUAAGUGACCAAAAAAAAUGAAUGGAAAUGGAACAGUUGACUCUGUGUUUUAGUUGUGUAGCAAUGAAGUGAACUGCCAACAACAAAGUGUUUAAACAGUUGUUACAUGCCCUCAGUCUAUCUACAUACUAACAGUGGAGAAGCAGCCAUUUUAUUGUUUGUUUGAUUGAUGAACUGAUUCUUGUUUCUCUGCUUUGACAUUUCAGAUUCUGUGUGGACUUUCAUAUUAUUUAUUAAUGUUGUAAUACAAGAUAAACAUUCUGACUUUAACCAAGUUGUGGGUUCACACACUGAGCCAGCUGUUUGUAACAUAUGACGUGAGAUGCUGCCCAGCUUUGGUGUACGACUGUUAACUUGACAAAAAUCUAAUUUUUAGUGAAUUUCUAAUUCAAAUAACUUCUAUGUUAGUUUCAUUGCACCUUUGUUGUUUGGAUUAUACAACUAAACCUUUUUCAUAACUGUGUCCGAGGCAAAGAAAGGAAAUAUUUUUACACCGAUUGUACACAGAUUUUUGGUACAUUAUAACUUAAAUUUUGACCUUUGAACUGUGUUUUGGAUUCGGUAGCGACUGAAAGAAACAAUCAAAUGACCAUUACACGAUUACACAAUGUUUAAAUUUCAGAUUUACGUAUUCUUGCAGACAAUUACCAUGUCUAGGUCUGCUCUGAAUUGUGAAUACAUUAUUGUGCCUGCUUUUGUGACUAGUGCACGCACUCACAUGCACACAGGAAGAUCAUGCGUAAACCGAACAGACAAAUAGCCCAUUCACUCUGCCAGCAGGCUAACCUCUGCAGCACCAUGAAGAGGGACUGACCCCUCGACCAUCGGGAAUUGCAGUUUCAUGUGUGUAUGUUUGUGUCUGUGUGCAUGCAUGCGUCUCUUUCCGUCAUCUUGUUCCCAUGUGUAGUUUUGGGAUCACCUUUUACUCUAACUUAUUCAAAACAAACUCAUCUUAAACUGAAAAGAAUCUAUUUGUACAUAUGGUGUCAUAAACUCAAUAGUUGUGAAGAAAGUAUCUCUUUUUUGAACCAUAGAGAAUUUCACAGUUCAUUUAGGUGCAGAUAUUCUGGCUUUAUGUAACUUAUCGACCAAAGAAAGUUCAACAGUUUCAGAUUAUAUUUUUUUCUUAAUAUUUGAUAUAAUCAAGAUUUAGUCAAAGGCAAAUGGAUUUAAACAAUGUCUGUGUAGGUCCACUGCUCUGUGUUGGCUCAGUGCUGCCUUGUGUGCAUGACCUUGACUGUUUCUCAGUGUAUAGCGACAUAUUGUUGCCUUGACGCACAAAUGAAAAUGAGCUGUUCGGGAGGUGGUUUCCUCUGACAGCGAGGGAGGGCUUGAUUUAUGGACGUGACUGUUUUUUAGAGGGAAUGACACUGACUGGCAAUCGUACAUGUUCAUUGGUCAGCCUCUGUCGCUUAAUUCCACAUUCAAGUCAUUUAAAAAAAUGUGACUGUUGAUCCAGCUACUCUUCAAAAGAUCUUUUGUAAUCAUUGUUUUUCUCUUACGUGAAACUAAUCAGGAGCAAACAUAUGACUCAAAACUGUUAGACUUUUUUUGCAUGACUUUGUUCUUAGGUGUACCACUGGCUGAAUUGGACUGUUGAAGUUAACAUUACAUUACAUUACAGUUAAGUUAACAAAGUUAUCCCCUCUCAAAGCUUUAUUAGCUGGACAUCACUUCCCUCCAGUACACUGUAUUCUGUGAGUGUGAUAUAUAUAGUGGUGGUAGAGAGAUUGUUGACUUUGUAUAUAGUUUGGCUUGACAUAUGUGAAGUAUUGCCAAAUAUUGUAAUACUUCCUUUUGGAAUGGCGUGUAUAGGCGUAUUGAAUGUCUGAUGGCUGAACUACACAGAUUUAUUUUUGUAAACUUGCUCUUUGUCUAGUUUCUUGUGAAGUGAUAAAGGUUGCAGACACAAAGAGGGUUUAGCAGCUCACCUGCUGAAAGGAUUGAAACUGUUUCUAUAAGAAGAUUCAUUUUAUUUUACCUUAUAGUUUCUAUUAGGGUUUCUCAACUGUCCUUUUCUAUUUGAAAGAUUUUAUGGUAAAAACGUUUUUCAUUAAUACAAUAUUAUUUCCUACAGAAGUUAAUGGUACAAUUUCUCACAUUUGUCUAGACUCACACACAUGUUGUGAUUGGUCACUUUUGGGGACCUCACAUAGACUUAGACACAGAAUCUGGCAAACCUUAACCACUACUUGUGUAACCCCAACCAUGACUAAUGACCAAAAAUCAGCGGUUCUCCCAAAUUGAUUGCUUUUUAGUCAUUGCUUUUAUGCCAGACACACACACACACAUUCCCUUUUUCCUGUGGGAAAACAAUUGGCUCCCAUGUUCUCAAGGGAACAACACUCUCGCUGUGACUCUGUCAAGAUAUAGUGUGAUGUUGGGUGGGGUUACACAGAUGAGGUAGAGUGAACACUUGGCAUGGUCUGUGUUAGUUAAUCCGUUUAUCAGAAAUCAUUAGUAAAACAUUUAAAACGCUAUCUGCAGAUAGUUACAUUUGUAUUUUGGUAUGAAAGUGAAAAAACACAGUAGUAUGUGCAAAGAAGGAAGUUUAAACAGUCUCUAGCCUCGAUAGCUACGGGUUGUAUUGUCUUUAUAGAGUCCUUAUAUUGUCCUUUAUUUUAUUUCAUCUUAAUCCCAUUAGACUGCAGCUUCCUAGAUGUGUAUGUCUUGGGAAAAAGCGUAUAAGUGUAUAAAUUGCAUCUGUAUAAACUCCAGUAACAGAACAUGUGAAAAUUGGGGCCUUAUUUAACGCAAACUCUAAAAUCCAUUUUGAGGCAUGAGAAUUGUUCUCCUAAACAUAUAGUUGAUGUUAUCAAUGAACAACAACUGAGUACUGUUCAACUAUUGUAUCUUACAGCCUCACUAUAAUUUGUGCACUUUAACUCACAAACACACACACACAUGCCCACACUGUGGUAUUUUCUCAUGUCUUUUAAUGUCUAUUGGAUUUUAUCCUUUGUGUUUUUGUAAGGCUCUGAAUAGACCACACCAGACCCUAAUAGUGACCCAGAGCUGGUAGGAGACACACAUUGUUAUCACAUUAGGAUGAGGCCUACCACAGGUUUUUCACUGGAGCCGAUUCUGCAUUUCUCUUUGACCACACUGAACGCUUAAAUCUUUGUUUCUUUAGAUUUCUGUUUACCAAGCCAUUACCACGUUCGAUCAUGCCACACACAUGCGGGUGUUGAAUUUGUGAUAAGGUUUUUGUAAGAUGGCUGCUUUCAUACAUGGAAAAUGUUGGGGUAUUGUAAAAUGAUCAAACUAGUCUAAUUUCACUUUAAUUGAAAGUGAUUGUCUGUGACCAAUAAGACACUUUUCAUUGGAUGAUGCUUUGCAGGUUACAAACCUGUAUGGUAUUGUAAUUGUCCAUGUUGUGUAUCUGUACCAGGCAAAUAAAUGUAAUAUUGUCUCAAGUAUUUAAACUUCCUUGUACUGACUACUUUGCUAUGACAGAGCCGUGAAUGUGUAUGUGUGUAUGUGUGUGCAAGAAAAGGAGUGUGAACCGCACAUUACUCUAUUCAUCAUCAGUUUCUCUACCUCUGUCUCUACCACAGGUUUAAUACCAUUAGUAAACACCCCUGUUGUACAUUACCACACUGCUAUUUGUGACAAAUAUCAUUAACUUUGGUAAUAAGCAGACCCUCUGUCAAAUUUUUAAUAAGGUGGGAGGCUGCUGGCCAAAGAGUAAGUAGCGCAGUUGAUAAGAAAAGUAAUAGCUCUCUUUAACAUGCACACAGAAUUUUCCACCAUUUGUCAAAUUGUGAACAGCUCAUGUAGAUUUUUGGAGAUUAAAAUAAAUUGCUGUUGCCUUAACGUGCUGUAAAUGGACUGUAAUACGGCAGCACAAUAUUUGUGCAAGCGGCCGGUCUGCUGAAUAUGCGUGCUGGCAGAGCGGCUGUGGGAAACGUUGGUGGACCCGACUGGCAAAUAACACCAGAAGAAAAUGCCAGCCAUUGUAGUGCUGGCACAAAAAGUAGGGCAUGAGACAGACAAUUAAGAUUUAAUGACGGGCAACGCUAAGGUGAGGAAGCAAGAGCUAUGGGAAGCUUGAGCAUCGGUCGAUCACAGUAAAGGAUAAAAAGAGAGAAGGAAUCACUGCAUCAAACUAACUAGUGUUUGAUUUAUUAAAAAAUAAUUCAACAUUUCACCUAUCCAAUAUUAAAUACACUGUUACACUUACCAUUAAUUCAAAUUUAAAUCCAGUGACAUAAUCAACGUGUGUCGCUCUGGGUUAUUUGAGUUGGGGAACAAGGUUUGUAACAAGCUUGAUAAAUAUCACCCCAUGUUCUCUUGGCAUCUCAGCAGGGUCCUUUAGGAGCAGAGAAAGAAUAACAGAAUGACAUGUCAGCCAUUGUGUUGAGUCAGAGAAAAUCAGGGACAGAAAAACAAUAG